GUGUGGCUUUCGCUUUUUGUCACUCCCGAGUGCUUCGGAGUAAUUUUGUCUUUAAAAGUUGGGAAGAAAACAAGCUAGUGUAAUCAAGCAGAAAGAAGGAGAUAAAAGAAGAGUGACAAGUGCCUUACGAAUAGGGGAGAAUCCUUUGAAAUGUUCCUGGUUGCGUGAAAAGGAUAGGCGAGGAGUUUAGCCUCAACGAUUUUCGCGCGAGUCAAACUCGAUAACACAACUAAUCCACUGCCCUAUUAUCGGACAGUGUCGCCUGCGAACGCAGAAAGCCAAGUUCGUGAAAUAGUUCGUCCGAAACGCAAACUGGAAAGGUCGCGCAUGUUCGUGCUCCCGCAUUUAUCUUCACCAAUAUCAGGAAUAUGCAUAUUUUUCCUUCGGUGAUAACUAUGGAAUACUCCAGGAAAACUUACUUGGAUUUAAACACAAUGGCGAAGUAUAUAUUGAUCCUGAGUCUCUUUUUUGGACCAGGACUAAGUUGGGACGUUUUCUACUCUGGAGACGAGGACCAACUCAGCUUAGCCCGGGAGCGACGGGCGGCAAAUUACAACCCUUCACCCCAUAUGAGUACGUGGGAAAGAAACGAAAUCCAGCAAGAAAUCCUGAACAUUCUAGGCCUUCAACACCGGCCUAGGCCCCCGUCCCUUCGGGGUGGCCAGAACUUCUGCGCUCAGUUUUGGAGUUAUCGUACUUUGAAUAUCGACGAGCAGUCUGGACACCCUAGUGAAACUGAGCCCCAGCCCGGAGGUUUGGCGUCCAAUGCCAUCUACAACUCGCCCGAUUCGUCGGGGAUCGGGAGUGUUAUGUCUGGCACAGUGUUUAACUAUACAAGAAAUGAAGUACAAGCCGUCAGUCAAGCCGAUACCAUUAUGAGUUUACCUGUCCACUACAAAGACGCGGCAAUCGAAGACACGGAGCAUCGGUACCGAUUCGAUAUCGGCAGGAUACCCCAAGGUGAGACGGUGACGUCAGCUGAGCUGCGCGUCUUCCGUGACGCGCGGGGGCAAGGCAGCUCCUUGUAUCGAAUCGAUGUUCUGCUGCUGAGAGAACGAGGCAGUGAUGGUUCCAGGUCACCCGUGUAUUUGGAUAGUACCAUUGUUGGCGCAGGGGAUCAUGGCUGGUUGGUCUUUGAUAUGACGUCAGCUACGAGUACAUGGAGGUCCUACCCAGGGGCUAAUGUUGGUCUUCAGCUCCGUGUUGAGUCUUUACAAGGUAUGCUUAUCGAUUC